GUUGUAAUGGGUCCUCAUCACCAGUUCUGCUGCAGCCGCAGUUUGCAAGAGAAAUAUUCUUUAGUACAGUUUCACCGCAAAAUGAAAAUGUGAGAAAUGCGCCGCCGACGCUAACAGCUACGUUGAUCAGUUUAUCAGGCUGCGACGUGUCGAAGACGAAAAGCAGAGUCGCUUUUUUUUUUUUUUUUAAAAUUGAGAAAGUAGUCUUCUCAUGAAUGACACGACGACAGAGUCCACGAGCUGCUUGUUUAUUAGAAGAUCUCCCUUAUGACGAUUACAUGUGUGUGCUGGCACCAGGUAGGUGGACAAGCGGUGGAUGGACAGAUCUUUCUUUUUCUUACUUACUCACAGGCUCAUGACUGUUCACCAGACAGCACUAGUUUUCACUCGUCAACAGUCAACAGUCAGCAUGGGCUGUGCAGCCUCCCACAAGGAGAAUUGGGAGUCAAAAAGGCGACGAAAGGCUUCCAAAGAACUAAUGAAGAAACUAAAUAGAAGCCGGCUUGUAUACGUGACUAAGGCACUGGAGGGCAAGAGCGAGCUGGGAAUAGAGGCCGGCCAAGACAACAAGUUUCUAAAGGCACCGUCAGUCAUCGAAGGAGUGAAUCACAUGGCCGUUCUUCCGGAGGAAAAAUCUUUGAGUGGAGAUCGUAGUGAACUGGACGAACUGGAUUCAUAUCACAUGGCGGUGGCCAGCCGCAUGUCUCUCAUCACCUUAGGUGAUACGAGGGCAAAGGUUGUAGACCCCGCUGAGUAUAUCUACGAUUUCGAGAAUCUUGUCUUUGAAGGCGGAGGAAUGAAAGGCAUCGGCUACUGUGGGGCUAUCCGGUACUUGGAGGAGCUUGAGAUCAUGCAUCAGAUUAAGAACUUCGCCGGCACAAGCGUGGGCGCCCUGGUGGCUGUGUUACUAGCCAUGGGCUGCAGCUCCAAAGACAUGGAGUGCUAUUUGAAAGAAGAUAUCAAGGCCACUUUCUACGAUGCCAGCUGCGGUGUUCUCAGCAUCAUCCCUAAUCUGCUGUGUCUUCACGGGUGGCAUACGGGUACAGGAAUCUACGAGUGGCUUGGUCGGAAACUGGACGAGAAGAUGGGUUCACCGGACGCAACUUUUAUGGAGAUGUAUCACUAUCUGCACAAAGGCGUGUGUAUAGUGGUGACAAAUCUGACCCACAUGACUACUGAGUACUGCCACGCCAAGACAACUCCCGACAUGCCCAUCCGGCUAGCAGUGCGCAUGUCCAUGGCCAUUCCGGGUUUAUUCCAGCCAGUCAAGUACACAAUUCAAGGGAGAACCAAUGUCUAUGUCGAUGGUGGUCUUCUCUGUAACUACCCAAUCCACUCUUAUGACGGAUGGUACCUGUCAAUGAAGCCGGAGGAUUCAUUUUUGCAUCGACUUCAACCUCUCCGAGAUCUUCCCAUACAUCUUGAACGGAACAAUCGGUUCAACCCUCCAAACGACAGAACAAUAGGCUUUCUUCUGUUCUCAGAGAGCGAGGAGGACGUCCUGCGGUACCGACUGCAGCUACGCGACGGAAAGAUUGAGCCAAUGCAUCCGAGAACGCAGACGAGUCUUUACAAGAAGCACAGAAAAGCUGCAUUGCUUAAGGAGAGGGCGAACCGCGAAUAUGCCAAGACACUGAAAGCUGUUGAUGCAUUUCUGAAGGUGCUGAGCAAACAUCACGUGCCUGUGGACAUGAGCGUGCGGCGGUCAUCACUGGAAAAAGCCUUAAAGGAUGAACUUGAUCCAAAAUAUUCGGAGCGACUAUUCGGCAAAGAUUUUAAUCCCCGAGAUGUCGUUGAUAUUCUGGACAGAGACCAUUCUGGCUACGUGAGCUACGAUGAACUCGUUCGUUUUAUAGAGGAGCAAGGUAUUUACAUAAAAAAUGUUUCUUCAUACAUAUGGAAGCUGCAAGGCACCAUGCUCCUCAACGUCAUGAAGCUGUAUGUGCAGGAAAAGGACUUAGAAAGAACUGUAGGAAUUAACACGGGCCACGUCAACACGGAGGACUUAUUCUUGGAAGCGCCCGAUCAAGAAUUUGUCAUAGAGAGAGGCUACAACGCAAUGAAGGCAUUUCUGAAGUUCUUUGUGGCCAACUUUCCUGAGAAGGUUGAAAAGAAGUCUGACUUGACUGAAUCCGGUAAGGAGAAGGACUGGGAGCAGGACACUGAACAGAAUCUUCGCGCACAGUCGUCCACUGCAUCCCAUCACGUGUCAAAGAAAGGAAAGUUCAGACAGAAAUGGUUUCAAAUAUAUCAAAAGGCUGUGCAACAAGCGAGAGCAGCAAAAGUUAACCCCGAGCAUCCUUCAUCACAACAGUCAUGAAAACAAAUAACCUGGCCUGGAUGUUAUGACACAAGACGACAACAACAAAAAUCAGGGCAAAAUUAUUAUUGUUGAGAAUACUGUAGAUGCAAUUAACGUUUAUUUGUA